AUGAGGAAGACGAGAAGUAGGAGCGGAAAGCACAAAGAAAGGCGGAGCUUGCUAAGAAGCGUGAAGAGAAAGAUCAAAAAGAGAAGAAGAAAAAGAAAGAAAGAAGAGAAGCAGGCCGAGGCUAAGAGAAAACUGGCUGAGAAGGAGGAGAGGAAGCGAAAGCGACAGGAACAGUUUAAACUGGCCACCCGCCAAGUCUUCCACCGCCUGCCGAUCCGUCUGCCGGACCCACCCCACCUCGAACCUCGGACCCACUGUCCCUCUGCAAUCGGGGCGUACAGUCAUUACGUCUGCCCUGGGAGCCCCAGGACGGUGGAACUUCGCGACCCACAGAGGGAAGUCAGGAUUGUCAACGACUUUUUGGACGACCAGCACUCCGCUCACGUCAGGCCUGCAGCCAUAGAGGUGGCACUCAAGCACAACAUCAUCCUGAUUGACUUCCCUCCUCACAGCUCACACUUCAUCCAGCCGAUGGAUGAAAGGGGUGGUCCCUUCGCAUCAUUGAAGUCAAAGUUCGUGGAUGUUAUUCAAAAUCUAAACGUCGCAAAACCAAAUUUCGUCGUAACAAAAUCAUCAUUUCCGCGUAUUUACCGAGUGGUGAGAGACGAGGGCCUCACCAUGGCUGUCGUGAAACGCGGUUUUAAGAAUACAGGAAUCUUUCCUGCCAACCCCGAUAGAAUCGACCAAAAAUGGCUGCUGAUGAAUAAGCAGCCUGGAGGAGCCGAAGAAAACGGCACAAAAGAUGCCCUGCUGUCGGAAACGAUGGAGCAAGGUCCUACUGUGUCAUCGCAAGAACUUGAAGGCCGUCAGUUGUUGAGUAUUGAAGUCGAGAUGUUGGAAUUGGCGGCCGCGGCAUCGUUCGACCAGCCUUUUAGUUCUCAGUCUACAGCACCUAAAGUGACGUACAAAACGUCGACCAACACUGAGGCGUCUUGUCCGUCCUGUGGUGGCGUGGCCACGUCACCCAUGUUGAAUCCUCUUGUGUCCGCUGGAAUAAUUCCCGGAUACAUGAGCGACCUGCUGACCCCCAUCCGUGAGUCACAGGCGCGUGGAAGAAGGAAGGUUACACCAAAAGCAAUAGUCUUUGAUGAGGAGUACGUCACCACAUUGAAGAAGGAGGCGGAAGACAAGGAGAAAGAGAAGGAGAGACAGAAGGAAAAUAAGAAGAGGGAACGUCAAGAGAACAAGAGAAAGAGAGAUGAGGAGAUGCAGAAGAAGGAUCAGAAGAAGAAGGAUCGUGAUGAGAAGAAGAGAAAGAGAGGAGGAGCAGGAGAAGAAGAAGGAACGAAGCGUGAGGAGAAGAAAGGAGAGAGGAGGAGCGACAAGAGAAAGGCGCACCCGCGGUAA